GUGGCAAAAAAAGUUGACAAAACGACAUUUAAAACUAAAAAUGACAAAAGAUCCCAAUUUAAUUUUUCUCUGCUGUCUCUCUCAAUUUCCCACACUCUCUCGUACUAAAAUUAAAAAAAUUAAAUUUCUUAAAAAUUUUUUUCAAUUCUUCAAAUAUUUCAGUUAAGGAUGCAACAACUCUAUCAAGACGUUUUAAAAGCUAUAUUAAUUUUGGAUCAAGACGGAAAACGUAUUUUGGGCAAAUAUUAUGACAAGCAAAUACUUGCCACAGAAAAGGAGCAAUCUGCUUUUGAAAAAAAUCUUUUUCAAAAAACACACAAGGCUAACGCAGAAAUAAUUCUUUUUGACGGCUUUAUUUGUGUUUAUCGUUCAAAUGUCGAUUUAUUCUUUUAUGUUAUUGGAAGUUGUAAUGAAAAUGAAUUAAUUUUGCAAAGCGUUUUGAAUUGUUUCUACGAGGAUUUUUACAAGAAUGCUAGCAGCUUGGAUGAGUCUAAAAGUGUACAACAACAAAAACAGAGGAAGCAGACCAAAAACAAAAUUGAAAGACGAAUUUCGAAGGGGCGUAGAAUUCGUUAUGUGGAGAUUGAAAAAUUGGUCAAUUUUUUCCCUGCUGUGCCUGAACGGAUUCCUUGGUCACAUGAACGGAGGGACGAGUUAUUCAAGUCUUUAUUUGUUUAAAUUUUUUAAAAUAAGGCAAACCUCGUUUUUAGAUACUCCCAAUAUUGGGUACAUCAACCCCCACUAUA